GGCGACGCGCCGUGUCCGGCUGCAGCGAUCUCUACUCGCAGGCAAAAACACGGAUUUAAAGUUUGCGGAUUGUGUAUUUGACUCGUGAAAUUGACGUGGGACAAGUUCGGCCUUUCCGUGGGAUAGUUCUGCUGCAACUUGCGCGCUUUUGCUCGUGUUACACUUGAGUUUUCUGUCUGUGGAUAUGGACAGAAGAGAGCCCGCUGCAGGGGAAGAAGACGCGCCGGUGGAAACCUUCGUCUGAGCGGGGAUUUGAUGAAGCCCUGUGGGCCUUCUUGUGCUUGUUUUCACGGACUUGGAUUUAGAGACGCAGAACCAGGACCUUUGAGUCGCAUUUCUUGCCCGACACUUGGUUUCAACGACAACGCGCUGCGCGAAACAUGGAAACAGUAGCGCGACAGAGUUUCCAGCCUCACCCGGGACUGCAACAAACUCUCAAACAGUUUCACCUGAGCUCCAUGAUCUCCCUCGGAGGACCGGCCGCGUUCUCGGCCAGGUGGCAACACGAUUUGCUCUUCAAGAAGGACGGUAAAGACAUCCCGGAGCCCGUGCUGCACCUCCCCCCGAUGCAGCCUCCUCCGGUGAUGCCCGGGCCGCUCUUCAUCCCGUCCGACCGCUCAACCGAGAGGUGCGAGACGGUCCUGGAGGGUGAGACCAUCUCGUGCUUCGUGGUGGGCGGCGAGAAGCGCCUGUGCCUGCCGCAGAUCCUCAACACGGUGCUGCGGGAUUUCUCGCUCCAGCAGAUCAACUCUGUGUGCGACGACCUGCACAUCUACUGCUCGCGCUGCACCGCCGACCAGCUGGAGAUCCUGAAGGUGAUGGGCAUCCUGCCGUUUGCCGCGCCGUCCUGCGGGCUCAUCACCAAGACGGACGCGGAGCGGCUAUGCAACGCGCUCAUCUAUGGGGGCACGUACCCGCCGCACUCCAAGAAGGAGCUGUACGGCUCUAUUGAGCUGGAACUCACCGAGAAGAGCUUCAAGAUCUACCACGAGUGCUUCGGGAAGUGUAAGGGUCUGCUGGUCCCGGAGCUCUACACAAGUCCCAACGCGCCCUGCAUCCAAUGCAUGGACUGCAGGCUCAUGUACCCGACCCAUAAAUUCGUGGUGCACAGUCACAAAUCGCUGGAGAACAGGACUUGCCAUUGGGGCUUUGACUCGGCCAACUGGAGGGCGUAUGUGCUCCUGAGUCCGGAUUACACGGGGAAAGAGGAGAAAGCGCGUCUGGAGCAGCUCCUGGAUGACAUUAAGGAGAAAUUUGAUUUCUCCAAUAAAUACAAGCGGAAAGCAUCACAUGAGUCGAUUUGUGC